CGUGACCGCGUGGGGGCGCCCACACAACACACACAACCAACGGCGCCGCGCACGCACCCGUCGCGGCAGGGCGGUGGCUGCCACGGAGAGAAAGAGGCACCCGGCCGGGCACGGAAUGACAGGUUCGCACCCGCGUCGCGUUGUCGCCGCGGAAUGGAGAGCCGGGGCACUGUGUGAUGCCGCGCUGAGCUGAGCUGAGAGGAGAGGAGAGGAGAGCAGUGGAGGGGUUCGCGAUGGCGGCGGCGACCACGGCAAUGACCAUCGACUUCCUCCGGGCGCGCCUCCUCUCCGAGCGCUCCGUCUCCCGCGCCGCCAAGGAGCGCGCCGACCAGCUCACCAAGCGGGUGGCGGAGCUGGAGGAGCAGCUGCGGGCGGUGACGGCCCAGCGCCGGAAGGCGGAGCGCGCCGCGGGGGAGGUGCUCGCCAUCCUCGAGUCGCAGGGCCUCGCGCGCUUCUCCGACGCCGCGGAUUCCGGUUCCGGUUCCGACGACGACGAGGGCGACCCCGACUCCGCCGGGAGCGGCGGCAAGGCUCGCGGGGAAGCGGAGGAUGCGCUGUCGGGGUCAGAGCUGGGAGGCACUGCUGUGGCGGCUCAGCCCGGGGGGCUAUCGUGGAAGGGUCGCGCCGCGAGCCACGAUUCCCAAUCCCAGAGGCGGCAGCAGCAGCAGCAGCAACUGAAAGGAAGGCAGCUCAGGCAGAGGCAUAGCCAUAGGAGAGGCUACUUUUACUUGCUUACCGGAGAUUCGUCGCCCAAGUACCAGCCAGGGCAAUCCUGCCGGAAGGUCAAGAGGAAGGAGCUGAGUUUUCAAACUGAAGGAGAGGAGGGGAGGGACAAUGUCAUGGAAAGUACUGAGGAGGGGCAGGAGAGAUCAGAUUGUACUGUCUGUACUGAUGACCAACCUGAUAUGGAUGAUGAGGUGUGCAAACAUGGGCCAGAUUCUUUUGGCGAUGGAAGAGACGGAGAUAACGAUGGUCGAUAUACUGUGGAGUAUGAGAAGGAUAGGGAGAUGGAGAGAGUUCUUGAAAAACAGGCAGAGCUAAUUGGGCAAUUUGAAGCAGAAGAAAAUGCUCAGAGGGAGUGGGAGAAGAAGUUCAACAUUUCCCGAGAUUCCACGGCGGAUGAUGUUGAGCUAGGCAAUAAGCUAAAUCAGAUUGAGAAAACUUGCGGGCAGAGGGACAAAGACGCUCAGAUCAAUGAUACAGAAGUUUCUGGAGAGGGAGGAUCAAGUAAUAACAAUCUCUUUGCCAAUGACAGUCCUUCUGAAUGUUUGUCGACUGAUUCUGUCUCUGGACUGCCCCCAAAUGCACCAGAAGAAAAUGCUAUUGAGCAGAACAAAAUUACUGAAUCUGAUCAUGAUUUUGGGGAAGCUACUUCAGCAGUUGUUUCAGUUGAUAGUGGCCCACGGAUUAGGAGGGAUGAGUUGGUAAAUAAAAGUUGCACUGAAACUAUUGAAGGAAGUGCGAACAAUAUUGGAAAGUCGUUACCUUCACAACAAGGAAACUACAAUAGCAGCCGGAAUGCAAUGCAUUACGAAGGUCAAGUAGAUGAAAGUUCGGACAGUGGUCCAGGCUACCUUGUAAAUGCUUGCUCUUCUGAGCACUACAUCAACACACCAUCAGUAGCAAGCCGAUCAAGCGACACCCCUAAAAGCAAAGUUUCUGAAUGGAGCUCAUCAUGCUUUCAUAAUCAUACUGAUAACCAGAUUGACACACAGAUGCACCAACCUUCAAGUGAUGGUGUGGGAGGUGUUCUGGAUGCUCUUCAACGUGCCAAGAUAUCCCUUAGAGAAAAGCUGAGGAAGCCAAGUCCACCUACCCAGUGCAUGUUGGCACUUCCAGCACCAGAGUAUCACUACGCAAUGGAUGAUUUGACAGUCAAAGACAGACAACUUUCACUUUGCACGUCAAGGCUUCCCAGCCAGGAUAUAUUGGCGCUACCAGAACCAGAAGACUGUCAUAGCAGGAUCCUACCACGGGAUGACCUGAAAGUGCCAGUGGGCCUUUCUGGUUUGUUCCGGUUGCCAACAGACUCUUUUGCUCAAAAUGAUUUGUGCCCUGCUGAUGGCUACGGCUCAAGGUUCUGUUUGACAGCAACAACUCAGGAAAACCUUCGAAAUCAUUUCAUGGCAAAUCUGUCAAUUUCACGACAUGGUUCUGAGUUCUCACCGGAUUCAGUUUACAACCCUCGUAAUUCUAUAUUGUUGUCGAUACCUACUUAUGGCGGAUGUAGCAAUCCAGUGUCAGAUUUCACAGUAAGGGACGCUUCUGUCCUCCCUGAGAUUCCAAGAUCUAGCAAUGAAUUAAGAAGAGGGAUGCCUUAUGGAGAUCUAGGGAUGUUCCAUUUUGGUGGUGAUUACAGCUCGAACAAGUGGACAACUUUGUAGCUACGCAUGCUUAGAAAUCAGAGUAUAAUUUAAGUAGGAUGAUUUUUGUAGUAUCAAUUCUACGUACGGAUUGAUGAUGAUGUAUCACAUGUAAUAUUCCAAUCGAUGAAUAAGUUGUGCUUAUAAGCAGCAUUUCUGCCUGAUAGAUUCUCUGAUAUGCCCUCGUGACACGGUAAUUUGACAUCACUGAAGUUCAACAUGACACCAUUUUCCUUACAAAUGAAACUUGUUGAGAGGAUGGGUACAUGCAUCCACCAGGGAAAAAAAAAAUCGGAGCGCUGGAGUCUCUGAUCUCAAGCCUUACUGCCAGACAAUACCGCUCAUCAUGUCAGGUAUUGCAUUCAUGGGUCCUUACAGUUUUUCAUUCUGUAGAUCAUGUAGUUUAAAGGCAAAGGGACACCUUGGUGGUGCUUGUGGGCUGGAUAAUCUGGAAGAACAGAAUGCAAGGGUGUUUGAGGGCAGAUCUCGCACCUGGCCCGUGGUUGCAAAAGCGGCUGCAGACGAGGCAGCACUCUGGAAGGAGGCUGGAAGACUUUUCUAAAGAACUCCGGCACAUGGGUUGUUAGCGUGAUGUACAGGCCUAUGGGAUCAGGGGAGUUCGGCUGCAACCCUAAUAGGUGCGGCUGCCGUCUCCCCUUUUUUUUUGUUAGUUGAUUAUGUUUGGCAAGGAUCUUCUAGAUUAUAGCUUUCCUAUUGUUAGGGAUCUCUUAGAUUAUAGCUUCUCUUGUUAGGGAUCUUUUAGAUUAUAGCUUUCUUAUUGUGGGGAUAUCCUUGCCUAUACGUACUUGAGCCCUGGACUCCACCAUAAUCAAUUAAUCAAUUUUUUCCCAGCCAUACUGUCUUUCAGUUUACA